UUAACCGGCAACCGUCCGGUCCCGAACUACCCGGAUAAUCGACGUUCUACUGUAUAUUCGUUUUAGUAUAUUGUAUAUUCAAAAAAGUUAGUCUGACAGCUGCCAACUUAGUGUGUUUACUGCUAACGCUCCGAAUUUAUCCACGAUUUUACCCGUGUAAUCGGUUUUCGUUCUAACUGAUUCUAGUUUUGCUGAGUCCAUAAGUGCAGUUCCCGCGAUCCUAGUAUUGCUUUCCUGACGAUAACUACUGUGUUCACGAUAUUUUCGGCUUCUAUUCGUGGCUCCUUCGACGUUCAUCCGCAGCUUGCAUCUAAAAUGGAGGACGUGUGUCAUGCAUGUUCUGAUGCACUGGGCCCGGUUGAAGGCUCAAUUACGUGCCUGUGUUGUGAGGGUACUUACCAUCUGGCGUGCACGAAAGUGCCCAUAUCAGUGAUCGACGAAGUGAAAAGGAUGCCUUCGCUGCACUGGAGUUGCAUUGCGUGUACUAAUGCGAUUGGUAAUCCGCGAAGCAAAGUGUUUAAGGGUACGGGUAUGCAAGUUGGCUUUCAAGCCGCCCUCACAGCUGCCGUUGAAGCGAUGAAGUCCAGCUUAGUCCCACCGGUAGUGCAAGAGAUUCGGGAUGGCUUUGUCGGAUUCGCCGCGUCCCACUCAGCAUCCUUCCAGCACUGCAACCAAUUUCCCCCGAAUGCACUUCCUAACGGAAAAAGACGGAGAUUAUUCCGCGAAGUAGUUGCAUCCUCGGAUACCAUGUUUGUUGACAGUGCAGCAACCUCAAACAUCACAAAUACCAACAACACUCACCGGAUCGAUCGACCUUCACUACCACCUAUCAUAACAGGCACCAAUACUACCUCUGCUCCUAUACCAACUGUGUCACAAAUACCGAAAACUGAAUACCUGUGGCUGCAUCUAUCAAGACUGGCUGCAUCCGUCACCACUGAACAAGUUAUCUCGAUGGCAAACGGGCACAUCGAACGAGUUCAGCGCCAACUUAAAGCAGCUCUAAUGUGCCACGAUCGAUCCAGGUGGACUGAGACACUACCACUCGUUUUGUUAGGAAUGCGAUCGACGUUAAAAGAAGAUAUAGGAGCAACCGUUGCCGAAUUAACUUAUGGUACUUGUUUACGCCUACCAGGAGAGUUUUUCGACCACAACAAAACGAUAGCGAAUGCAACGUGCGAAUUUGUAAACAAUUUGAGAGUAGUGAUGAGGAAGCUAAAGCCAACACAAACAUCCAAUCAUAACACAAACAAAGGAGUUUACGUACAUUCGAGUUUAGAUAGUUGUACUCAUGUAUUUGUGCGAGUAGAUAAGAUCAGGCCAUCACUAACACCUCCGUAUGACGGUCCUUACAAAGUAUUAGACAGGAACAAAAAAACAUACACACUCGAAGUGAAAGGAAAAAAGCCUCAAUCUCGAUUGAUCGGCUUAAGCCUGCAUAUGUAGAUAGCGCGAACCAAUACAGCGAAGUAGAGAAAAACACACAGCAACACUCAGAGACUAAACGCAUACCAGUUCACCAAUCGCGCUACGGUAGGAAUAUUUACCAGCCAAGGAAAUUUUAAAAGCAAGGGGGAUGUGAUGUGGUGAAUAUAUAAAGGUACAAACGCUCAACUUGAGGACAUAAACCGGGCUCUGAGCCGACCACACAAUCUCCCCACGAUUAUACGAAUAAACGCUCUCUUCUAUUUCACCAACCUAA